UUAUUUUUGGCGUUAUACAGUACACAGUUAAUUCUUAUAGUAAAAUGACUGCAAUUGGCGUCUUCUUGCUGAAUAUCUUUUUAUUUGUUUGUUUUUCUGGAGAGAUUACUCUUGCUAGAGAUGAUCGUGAAUCAUCAGAAAUGGAUUCAAAGAUUGACAAUAUGAUACAUGCUUUACAAGGUAUAUGCAUUCAAGACAACCCUAAUCAAACUGUUAAACAUCUGAAGAAGCAUACACAGACUAUUUUAAACAACAUUGGAUUUUACAAGGACAUUGUUAAAUUGAAUAAACAACUGAAAAAUGAAAUCAAGUGGAUUGUUAAAGAAUUAAAUGGUCCUGGUGAAACCAAGAGAUUAUUUGAACUACUAAAACGAGAUGCAAAAGAAGUUUGUGGUGUAUUACCACAGAAGAAGCCAAAAUACAAAGACUGUACAGAAAUAAAGGAGAAAAGUAAAGAAAAACUGGAAAGUGGAGUGUACACAAUUCAUCUUGGAGGAACAAUCUCUGUCUAGGCUUAUUGUG